CAUCACCAUAAAGGAAGUGCAAUGUUUGUUUAUGUGCUUUGACAGUUUUUGCUAGGUGUCAUGUGACAAAGAAGACAUCUUUCGUUUUGUAGUGUUUAUUUUAUAUUAACUCCGAUAUGCUCCUGCGUCUUCGGUGAAUGACUGAAGAGAUAUGGAUUGCAAAGGAGAACCAUGGUGAUAAUCAAUUCAGUACUGAAACUCUUGCAGAGACAGACCUACACCUGUCUGUCCCAUCGCUAUGGACUGUACCUCUGCUUUGGAGGGAUAGUCCUCAUGAUCGUCUCUGCCUUCCAGUUUGGAGAAGUGGUGGUAGAGUGGAGUAGGGAUCAGUACCAUGUACUGUUUGACUCAUAUAGAGACAAUGUAGCUGGGAAAUCAUUCCAGACUCGGUUGUGCCAGCCCAUGCCCAUAGAUGUGGUGUACACCUGGGUGAAUGGCACGGACACAGACCUGAUGAAGCAGCUACGCGGUGUGAGAGAGCAGCUGGAGGAAGAGCAGAGAACACUGAGGGCACGGCUGGGGAAGAAUGCAAGUGAUCCGACUGAAUUGCCAAAGGACAGUGUGAAGCCAGAAUGUCUGCUGUCCCAUUGUAUCACAGCGCCCAUGCUAGCCCUGGACCCGGCUCUGCCAGGCAACGUCACUCUGAAGGAGCUGCCGUCGCUCUCGCCCUCCUUCUCCGCCGCCAAGCUGCUGCUGCAAGUGGCCAAGCCCCUCCACCCCUCCACCACGGUGUCUGUGGUCGUCUUUCACUCUCAGGCUGAUGCGGACAAGGCCUACACAGACGCACCCCGUGAGGCCCUGAAGCGCUCUGUCUCUAGAUGUUACCUGACAACAGAUAAGGAAGCACCAGGUCUGGUCCGCAUGCAGAGCCUGGCCUACCUCAGUGGCUUCCCAGCAUCCUUCAAGGAGACAGAGCAGCUCAGAGUCAAACUGCCAUCUGUUGUCACUGGCAAGAUCAAACAGUUCCAGCUGUAUACGGAGGCCAGUAUCGCCCUGCUCCACCUGAACAGCCCUCAAGACUUUACUGACCUGACCCAGCAGGCCAAAAAGAACCUGACCCUGGACGGGAAAGAGCUGAGCAUCAGCGCUGCUUAUCUUUUCUGGGACCUGACUGCCAUCACACAGUCCAAGCAGGACGAGGACGUCUCGGCCAGUCGCUUCGAGGACAACGAGGAACUGCGCUAUUCGUUGCGCUCGGUGGAGAGACACGCCCCCUGGGUGCGGCACAUCUUCAUCGUGACCAAUGGGCAGAUCCCCUCCUGGCUGAACCUGGACAACCCCCGCGUCACCGUGGUAACACACCAGGAUGUCUUCCAGAACCACACCCACCUGCCCACCUUCAGUUCCCCUGCCAUUGAGACCCACAUUCACCGAAUCCCAGGCCUGUCUCAGAAGUUCAUCUACCUCAACGACGACGUCAUGUUUGGGAAGGACGUGUGGCCUGACGACUUCUUCAGUCACUCCAAAGGACAGAAGGUGUACCUCACCUGGCCGGUCCCUAACUGUGCUGAAGGUUGUCCAGGCUCCUGGAUCAAAGAUGGCUACUGUGACAAGGCCUGUAACAACUCCGCCUGUGACUGGGAUGGUGGCGACUGCCUGGGAGCUGGGGGCAGCCGGUUUGGGACCGCUGUGGGCGGAGUGGGUAAUCAGCCCUGGCAGUUUGCAGGAGGUCUAGGUGGCAUCGGGGGCGUGUCCAGCUGUAACCAAGGCUGUGCCAACUCCUGGCUGGCAGACAAGUUCUGCGACCAGGCCUGCAACGUGCUCUCCUGUGGCUUCGACGUGGGCGACUGUGGACAAGAUCACUUUAACCAGCUCUACAGUGUCACCCUGCUGAAGAACAGGACCUCGUACACCCUACCGGUGGGUGAGACCAGGCCAUACUUCAGCUUUGCAGGCGUGGCUCGCCGGGUGACCGAGGCCCAGGUCAGCGACAACCCGGCCGUGCGCCAUACCUCGGUGGCCAACAAGUGGAAGACGGUCCACCUGCUCCUCCACUCGGGCCACAAUGCCUCGCUGGUCCACUACAACCUCACUGUCCAAAGGGAUGACGACAAGGAGUUCUCCCUGACCUUCAGCGUGGCUGUGGACACCCGCCAGCUCCCCCAGCCCAACGUGUCCGUGUCCGACCCACUCCACAAAGACGGAUCCAAAGAGGCCAAGCCCACCACCGCCACCGCAGAGCCUGAGGUCCCUUUCGAGGAUGUCCCUCUGGAGAAACAAGGUCCUCGAGUCCUGAAGAUGCCACCUGGGGAAAAUGAGGUGAUUGUGGAUGUGCCUGCGCUAAAUGUGUCCCUGCUACCGGCGGCCUUGCAGAGUGAGCUUCAGAGGCUGCAAGGAAAGCUCCUGUUGGGUGACAUCACUAUGAAAGGUUAUAACCUCACCAAGGCUAUACUGCUAGGGCCGUACAAGGCUCUGGCCAAUCGGGGCCCCAGGUUAACACCAGCUGACCAGAUCAAACCCCAGGACAACCCUUUUAAAGACCUAGUAGGACAUGUGGUGAGGAGAGAGGCAGACACACCACAGCUAGUGGAGGCUAACCCAGAAGAACAACACACUCCAGAAAGAAACGGAGCAGAGAAGACCAAAGAGCCAGAGAGAACCGAGGCACCAGAGGAGGUGCCCAAGUCGAGCAUCGUUGGUGAGAAAGAGAAACAGAAAGCACAAAAGACUCCAGAAAGCAUCCCAGUUCUAGUGGAUGGUGAGUUUCCGAAAGCCGCUAAAACCCAGGACACCACCGCCACAGAGAAACCUCCACCGUCCUCCAAGCUGCUGAGCACCCUGGUGGGCAGCAUGUCCAAAGCCAAGGGCUCAGAGGGCCAAUCGCAGCAGGCAGGGGCUGAGAAGGGACCGAAGGAAGGAGCAGAGGGCGCCCGGGGGGUUCCUGUGGGCCGGAAGCUGCACCACUACACCGCCACAGACAGAGGCUUCCUGCCCUGGGAGAGACGGAAGUACUUCCAGGACCUGCUGGAGGAGGAGGAGCGUCUGGAGGGAGAGCUGGCGUACCAGGCAGACAGCGCCGCCGCUGGCCGGAGGCUGCAGGACACCUUCGCCGACUCUCUCCGCUACGUCAACAAGCUGCUCAACGGCCAGUUUGGCUUCACCUCCCGCAAGGUCCCCGCCCACAUGCCCCACAUGAUCGACAGGCUCAUCAUGCAGGAGCUCCAGGACAUAUUCCCACAGGCGUUUGACCUGACGUCGUCUCACCGCGUGCGUCACCCGGAGGACAUGCAGUUUUCAUUCUCCUACUUCUACUUCCUGAUGUCGGCCCUGCAGCCGCUCAACGUCUCGCAGGUGUUCGACGAGAUCGACACGGACCACUCCGGCGUUCUCUCUGACCGCGAGAUCCGAACGCUGGCCACUCGCAUCCAUGAGCUCCCCCUCAACUUACAGGAUCUGACAGGUCUGGAGCAGCUGCUGAUCAACUGUUCUAAGACGCUGCCCACCAACCUGACCCAGCUGCAUAUCGUUAGCCCUACACAGGAGGCAUACUACGAAGCCAGCAUGCCUCCCGUCACUAAAGGUCUGGUGGUCCACUGUAAAGCCGUCACGGAGCGCAUCCACAAGGCCUUCAAAGACCAGAACAAGUACAAGUUUGAGAUAAUGGGCGAGGAGGAGAUAGCCUUUAAGAUGGUGCGGACCAACGUGUCCCAUGUGGUGGGCCAGCUGGAUGACAUCAGGAAGAACCCCAGGAAGUUCAUAUGUCUAAACGACAACAUUGACCACAGCCAUAAAGACGCAGGGACUGUUAAGGCGGUGCUGAGGGACUUCUAUGAGUCCAUGUUCCCCCUGACCUCCCAGUUCGAGUUGCCCAGAGAAUACCGCAAUCGCUUCCUCCACAUGGGAGAGCUCCAGGAAUGGCGAGUAUAUCGGGACAAGCUGAAGUUCUGGACCCACUGUGUAUUGGUGACUCUGGUGAUCUUUACUGUCGUCUCCUUCUUUGCCGAGCAGCUGAUUCUACUGAAGCGCAAGCUGUUUCCCAGACGCCGGGUCAGCAACGAUGUCAACCCAGAGCGCGUGUGAAGAACGAGGGAAAGACGUCCUAAUCCUCCUCUCUGCAUCCACCCUCCUACCUGUCCCCUCCCUCCUUGAGUUCAAAUUGAAGGCCAUGCAGGGGUAGGUGGUGAGCGAGGAGGGCUAUCCCUAUAUCUCGAAACGUCCUCAUCUGGGAUUGCAUCAGCAUGGCUGAAGGAGAGAGGGACUCUUGUAAACAACGUCAAUCAUGUGUGGCGGGUAAGAUGAUUGACGGGCAUCACCUGGCUGGGAGACGCUGGAGUGAUGUCGUGCCAGUAGAAGAAGCCAGAAACCAGACACUUCUCUUCUCUUCCACCAGGGGUGCCAGAGGGACUUAUCGCCCACACGCCACCAACACACCAGGCUGUGGAGAAGGACACUCACUGACUGAGCCAACUAUGUGCUAAACUGCUCCAGUCCAGUCAGUGUGGGCAGUGUGAUUGAUGUACUGUUAAAACCAUGAUCUGGAAGCGAUUGGCGGGAGACACCAUCUGUGGUUACAGCACUUUAACCGUGAGAGCUGUAACCUUGUGAUGCAUUCCAGAGGUUAGGUUGGACACUAUUUUAUUUUAUUUUAUUUUUUAAAAUUGAACCUUUAUUCCACAGAAGGAAAAAAGGGAUCGGGGAGGGGAGGGGUUAAUCAGAAUAACAGGAAUUAUGCCAUUUGACCCGUUUCACCUUGUCACUCCUGGUCAAUGUCUACAUUCAACAUAAGUGCCUUAUUUUAAAGAGUGGUGCCAGAAGUAUUCCAGUUAGACUGUAUGACCUUGUUUACCCAUUGUCCCUGCUUGCCUUUUAAAUGUCUUGGUUGGAUUUGGUAUUUACAUGUCAUAAGUGAUUUCUUUCAAAGGCAUGGGGGGUUCUGGGUGAAAAAUGCCACACCGGUUGUUUUUUAAAAUCGUGAAUGUUUCACACAGUAGACCACGCAGCGAUCAGCCAUCCACACAGAAUGUGUCCCUGUGGGAUACUUUAAGUAUAGCUCUGCUAGUGUCUGAAAUUCAGAUCUCUUCAGCAUGCUCCGUAAUGUCUGAUUGUGUUGUUCAGUGAAUGCGUUCCUAAUGAAUGCCACGGAAUGUUAAUUUAGCUCCACAAGUGUUCUACUACUGACCCUCAGUUCUUUUCUGAUUCUAUGGUCUCUCUGUUGAGCCUUCCAUGCCUGAAUUUGGUAGCUCUCCCCUCCGUUUACAAGCGGUGCAUUGUGAUGUUAAUUAUGAUAAAAUGUGAAUGAUUGCUAGCAGCAGUAGAACCAUGAUAAUGUUUUGCUGCCCUACUAUUACUGAAUAUUUGUAGUGUUGGUGUACUGUGGUAUGCAGUGUGCCAGAUUACACAGCCUGGUCUCAGUCUGGCACACUCACUAGUAUAUGUAACCAAACGUAGCAAGAUCACUUAAGGCAAAUAUUAGGAGCGUGAGCAUAUAUCUAGCAACCCAAAGGUUGUGUGUUUGGAUCUCAUCAGACAAUUUAAGACAUUUGUAGCUACUUUGCUAACCCCAGCUAACGUUAGUGCUAGCUACAAAUGAAUUACAUUCCAUACUAAAUGGAGUGCCACGGAUUUAUGUACAGAAUACAACAUGCUCUGAGACCAGGUUGAAUUACAACAAUGGGUGGUAUGCGUCAAAUUCACAUUUUUUGUUUAGUCAUCACUUUGGCUCAUCCCAAAAUCAAAAAUAAACCUGACUCGCCUAGUCAUGAAACUGAA